AUGGCGUCGUCGACUGAGGACCAGGUCGGCCCUCUUGGGCCUGACACCUGGUACAAAUCGCUGCAUCCGCUUGGGGUGGAUCUCGUCGGUGAUUUCGCAGGCAAGGAGCUGUUCGCCAUCCACGGUGACGCCCUGAUGCUCUACUGCAUCACCAAGGCAAAGGUCGACCUUGACAGCGGAUUCCAGCUUCUGCAUGCCAUCCAUGCUGUGGAGAGCUUCCUAAAGAAGCUGCAGGACCGUGGUUUGAACUUCCACGUUAUCUGGUUCCGUGACCACGAGGCCCUGUGCUUACCGCGCGACGCCACUGAUGUGCUGUCGCCAAAAUACCUGUUGAUACGGGCGGUCCUCAUCCGCCACCUCAACCGGCAACAGCCGUCGCAGGAUGCUGUCGUCUCCGAGGACGCCAAGACCAUCUCCUUCGAGUUCGAAGGCCUGGACGGCCCAUCCUUUCAACACUAUCUCGCCAACAAUGCCAUCCACUGUUUCAUGUGUCUGGACGCUCCUGCUUUCGGGGCAUGCUCCAGCAGCUCAGAAGAGGCCUUCUUAGGCAUUGCUCAUCAUUUUGCUGCAAGGGCAUUCUGUCUCGCCUUUAUAGACAGUGUGGAGUUUUCGAGCUCAAGGGUCCGUGCCUCAGUCGUAUCGCCGUUGCCAAAUUUGCAACGCGUGACGCCUGUCCUGCCCAAAUCCCCUGCAAGAGACAGCGAGCCCGCCAUCGGUCCCUCUGAUGGAGACCACAGUGCCACAGAAAAGUGGUCACCAUGGGGAGACAACCAGCUCCUAUCGCUCCGGGAGGCAGUCUCAUUACAUGCGCUCGCCAGCAUGGCAGCGGCGCAUAGAGACGAAUCGGCCAAAUUUUCGGCCUUUGCUUCAGCCUUCAUUGUUCAUCUCGUCCUUCUGCGGCACUUGCCCCUCUCACAGCGAUCUUUCAGUGCCGUCCAAGAUCGAGGUGAGAGAGACACGCAGGCUUUCCUGGCAGAGUUUUCAAGCAAGAGCACCGCCUUACUUGAUCAAUUCGCACCCACCCUCCGCUGGGAUAUCUUCGACCUUGUGGACGGAAGGCUUCUGGGAUACGUCCUGAGCCAGAAGCCACAGCUUCCUCGGUCCUUGGUCACAGCAGUGCACGCAUUUGCGAACAAAAUCGAGGAACUGACGAGUGUCAGCCUAGCGGAUUCCCUGCCUGCUCCGGAGACAUCUCCGGAUGCUGUCCCGCGAACGGCGCAGAACGGCGACGAGGGUAGCCUCAAUGAACAUGGGGUAUUGCCCUUCAGCCAGCCUGCGCUUAACGACUAUCUGCAAGACAUUCACCUUGUCCCAACGAACAGUUCUGAGCAGGAAACCCUUCCCAAGAUCUUCAGAGAGCUGACCCAUUGGCACAAUGCCCGUGUCUCGGUUGCUAGCAGACGCCCUCCUGCGCCCAAGAAUUGGCGCGAAAUGAGAGCUGACCAGAAGAUGAUGGCCAGCACAAUCGCAUACUCAGCAAGUCUAACAAAUGCUUCUGGCAAACGUAUUGAACCUGAAGUCAUCAUCGGAGGCAUCAAUCGGGACCAAAGCUCGGUGACCAAGAAGGAGGUCAAGAGAGAAGCCAAGAAAGAAAGCGAAGAGAACAAGCCUACGAAGCAAGCCGCGCAGAAGGGUGGGAAGAAGGGCAAGGCGAAGAGCGGUAAAGAGCUGGCCAUGGAGACCAGUCAGGCUUUGCAGGACAAGAAAGCUUCUUCAAAAACUAACGACAGACUGAUCUGGUGGGAGCAGCAGUGCAAGCAACUGUCGCAAGAGCCAGACUUGGUCAAGAGAUAUCUCAAGACCAUCAAGUAUCUCAGUGCUUUGUCUGGGGAUCUCGCCUCAUCAAUUGGGGCGGAAGUCUCCUUGUAUGCUUGCAACGUUCUCGCCGCCAUACUCGUCCAAGCAGGCAAUGAACCUCAGACGAGGCAGAGCUUAACCGCCCUGAUCUGGUCCAUCGUCCGCAGUGUCAACAACGCCAACCUUAGCGCACCCACUGCCAAGAUGCUCAACGUUCUUGCUUCGUCUCUGCAGGUUCCAGCAGAGUUCGCCACUGACCCCUCGUCGCCCGCGACUCGAAAACUUCCGUUCUCCUGUGUCUUUGAUGCCAAAAACGGGGUAACGAACCUGGCACCUGUUGACCUCGACUUCCAGCUACAACACUGCGGACCAUUCCUCGAGCGAAGCUUCGAUCCCGCCCCGGAUCCUCGUGUGCCUUUCAAUCCAGAUGGCUGGCAGCGAAAUGUUCUUAAUGCUAUUGAUGCAGACAAGAGCCUCUUCGUUGUAGCGCCAACGUCAGCUGGUAAAACCUUCAUCUCUUUCUAUGCCAUGAGGAAAGUACUCAAGGAAAGCGAUGACGGUGUGCUGGUAUAUGUGGCACCAACAAAGGCUCUUGUCAACCAGAUCGCUGCCGAAAUCCAAGCGCGGUUUACCAAAUCUUACAAGCACGACGGACGGUCCGUAUGGGCAAUUCAUACUCGUGACUACCGAGUGAACAACCCAGCCGGAUGCCAAAUUCUGGUCACGGUUCCACACAUCUUGCAGAUCAUGCUUAUGGCGCCGUCUAACGCCGAGCAUGAAAACUCGUGGUCACGCCGAAUCAAGCGCGUCAUCUUCGACGAGGUUCACUGCAUCGGGCAAGCUGAUGAUGGAGUCAUCUGGGAGCAAUUGCUGCUCUUGGCCCCGUGCCCUAUCAUUGCUUUGUCGGCCACUGUUGGUAACCCUUUGGAGUUCCGGCAAUGGCUCGAGAGCGCAGCUAAGUCCAAAGGCCUCGAUUUUGAGACCAUUGUUCACCAAACACGGUACUCCGAUCUACGCAAGUUCCUCUGGCAGCCAUCCAAGCAGUACACUUUGGACUUCUUGGAUCCUGUGGAUAGAUUACCUGUCCCUGGACUGGACGAUAACAGCGCAAACUCCUCAAACUUCUUCCCGAUUCAUCCCGUGGCUACGCUGGUCAACAGGAACCGCGAGACUCUUGAUGAUCUCACUCUGGAGCCGCGUGAUUGUCUCUUGCUGUGGAAGAGCAUGGCAAAACAUCAGAGCGCUGAUUAUCCCCUCGAUCGAGAGCUGACCCCGCCAAAUGUCUUCCCCAAGGUUGCAACAAAACCCGACGUGGCAGAGUACGAGGCUUCGUUGAAGAAGACUCUCCAUUCCUGGAUGCUGGAUCGCAAUUCGCCGUUUGACGCUGUACAGAAAGACCUGCGACCGCAAUGCCAUGUCUCAGCAUCAUCGCGCCAGGGGCUUGAGGAUUCGGCCCUUCCGCUCUUGACAGAUCUUCGCUCACAGGGUGCUUUGCCAGCUAUUCUGUUCAACUACGACCGGGUUGCUUGUGAGGAGAUCGCAUUCCGUAUCCUCUCCGACCUCCAAGAGGCGGAAAAUGCAUGGAAAUCAACAGAUGCUGGCUGGAAAAGGAAGGUUGCCAAGUUCGAGCAGUACAAGAAGGAUCAGGCCAAAGCCGAUUCGCUCAGACAGAAGACCACCAAAGCAAAGGCCAAAGGCAAGCGAGACGAAGACGAUAUGGGCGAUGGGAGAAUGGAUGAUGACCCGAGUACUCUGUCGGGUUUCGACCCAGACGCUCCUCUGGAGCGCUUCUGCCUCGGUGACGAGACCAAGAUCACGAGGUCUGAGCUGGAGUGGAUGAUCUGGUCCCUUCGCUGGAAGAACCUCAACCCCGAUAUUUUGAACGCGCUCCGCCGUGGAAUAGGCAUUCAUCAUGCCGGUAUGAAUCGCAAGUACCGUCAAAUUGUCGAAAUGCUUUUCCGCAAGGGCUUCCUCACUGUGGUCGUCGCCACUGGCACCCUAGCCCUGGGUCUCAACAUGCCCUGCAAGACGGUGGUCUUUUUCGGAGACUCCGUUUUCUUGACCGCUCUGAACUACCAUCAGGCUGCAGGUCGUGCAGGUCGAAGAGGAUUCGACUUGCUCGGAAACGUGGUCUUUGUCGGUAUGCCCCAAGAACGAGUGUACGAGAUUAUGUCCUCCAGGCUGCCUGAUCUCAGGGGACAUUUCCCAUUGUCGACCUCUUUGGUGCUGCGGACGCUCAGCUUACUUCACCACACCAACAACUCGGACUUUUCAGUCGGCGCCGUGCAGUCGCUGUUGUCACAGACACGAUUGUACCUUGGUGGACCUUCUGGGCAGCUUUCCAUAAAGCACCACCUGCGUUUCUCCAUUGAGUAUCUUCGGAGACAGCACCUUCUCUCUGAAGAUGGUGCUCCGCUCAACUUUGCCGGCCUCGUUGGCCAUCUCUACUUCACGGAGAACUCGGUGUUCGCCUUCCACUCGCUUCUCAAGGAAGGCUACUUCCACAAGCUAUGUGAAAAGUUUCGCACUGCGUCCGAAGCAACGCUCCUGGAAAUCGUUCUUGUACUGUCGCACAUUUUCGGCCGCAUAUCGACCAACACUUUCAAGAAAGACUGGAUGGGAGCGGUGACCAAAUCUGACUCAAUCGUAUUCCUUCCGCCUCUACCAGAGGAUGCUCUGCAGACUCUGAGGCAGCACAACCAGGAGACACUUGACAUAUUCAGGACCUACGUCAGCACAUAUGUCCGACAGCACCUGGAAGACAAGCCGGACAUGCAUCUGCCUUUUACCAAGGCUGAGGCUGGAGCGCCAAAGAGUACCCUUGGCGAAGUUGACGUUGAAGGGGUUUUCAGCGAGGGUCACAACCCGCCGACUAAGCUCCGCUCACCUUUCCACGCCCUCUCCGGAUUCGGCGACAAUUCUUUUGAAUCCAUCCACGAGCUCUGCGAUACCGUUCGCAGCGACGUCUUCCUCGAGGAGUCAGCAAUUCCUUAUAUUCCCCUGUUCCCUGACGACACCAACGGUGUCCCCUGGAAUGCAUAUCUCUACGACUUCUUCAAGCACGGGGAUAUGGAGGCCCUGGUCAGAGACAAUCACAUCAAGAAGGGCGACGUCUGGUUCCUACUCAAGGACUUCUCGCUGGUUCUGGCAACAAUCGUCACGAGCCUGACAAACUUCUUGGAUCUUGACGCCGGAGCUGACUCGGACCUGGCCAUGAUGGACGUCCAGGACGCCGAGGAUGCGGCACGUGAGACCUCUGAUGCGCUGGAGCCCGAUGACGGCCCCAGCGACAUGGCCCAUGGCGCGUUGCCGGUCCAAGACGAGGGCCCGAAGAAGCCCGAAGCAACUGUCGCCCUGAAGAAGACCAAGAAGCCGAAGGUGAUUGACUCGUGGGAUGAUGACGAGAGCAGCGAGGAUGAGGCUGCAGCUGCAGAGGCUGCCGAGGCUGCCGCCAAGGCUGCCGGGCCCGCGUGGGAAGGCGAUGGUGAGAGGAACCUGGCGCAAGUGCUACGGAUGUUCAAGAUGGUGCAGCAGCAAUUUGACGAGAAGUUCAGGAAGCAGUGGGCUUAA